CACAUCUUCAUACUCUCAGCCAGGAACCAGUAACUACUCUCUUCUUCUGUCUCCAAACAACAAUUCAACACCCAAAUUCAAUUGAUUAAGAGUGGAAAUUUCAGAUGAGGACCGUCUUCUCUAAGUCACCGUCGCCGGCGAGGUCCACUCCACCACCUUCGCCAGUCCGCCAGACUUUUUCAGAGUCCCUAACGGACGAGGACAUCGAGGUGGCUCAGUCGAUAAUUACUAAAUGGGACUCUUCAGACUCCUCCUACUGCAACAUCGCCUACCUCUUUUCCUCAGAGAACCGCCACAAAGUAAAACAAUAUCUCAAUUCCAUCAAGCACCUCCAACGCGCUAUGCAGUACUUCGUCUCCGAGAAUCAGGUGGUGGGGAAACUAGUCCGGGCUCAGAACCUGAUGGAAACUGCCAUGAAACCGCUCCAGAAGGAGUUUUACCAGAUUCUCAAGUCAAACAUGGAUCACCUUGAUUCGGAGUCUGUCUCCAGCCAUUCCUCCAAAGCUUCUUCCUCGAGAUCGAGCUUCUCGGAUUUCAAAGACGAGUCUGACUACGAGUCGAUGCGCGAGAACGAGACAAUUUCUGAAAUGGAGAGAGCUUCGACGGUGUUAACAGAGGGGACUAUUAAAAGCUAACGGAAGGAUGGUGCCGGCGUUAACAAAGGGGGUGAUUUGCC